ACUCUAUUUGUCUGUUUUUUGAGUGUGUAUCUUGCUGGAUUGGCCCACAUUAAUGUCAAUUUCGUGAGGAAAUCCAACUAUUCACUGUGAAAAAGCUUCCCUUUUUCCGUAUAUUCCGAUCUGUCUUCCGAGAAUAGGACUUAUGCAGGAAUGUACUGGAGUUUCAGUAAUCCUUGGAGAUAAUCAUUGGAAGUGAUAACUUUACAGAUGGGGUUGAGAUAUGCUGUUCUUAUGUUGGUUUCUCUGCAGUCUUUUGUUACCUCUGAUUAUCAAGGAGAUGCACUUAAUGCUUUGAAGAUUUCACUGAAUGCUUCCGCUUCUCAGCUCUAUGAUUGGAACCCAAAUCUAGUUAAUCCAUGCACUUGGUCCCAUGUUACUUGUGACUCUAAUAACCAUGUCACUUCUGUAACAUUGUCAUCCAUGGGAUUUUCUGGAACCUUGUCUCCCGAGAUUGGAGUUUUGAAGAGUCUCGAUACCCUUUCAUUGCAAGGUAAUGGCAUAACUGGUGGGAUUCCAGAGGAAUUUGGAAAUUUGACAAGUUUGAUAAGCUUGAAUUUGGACAAUAACCAUUUGACUGGACAAAUUCCAUCCACCCUUGGCAAUCUUAAGAACCUUCAGUUCUUGAUUUUGAGCCAAAACAAUCUCAAUGGAAGUAUCCCUGAUUCAGUUGCCGGUCUCCCAAAACUGAUCAGCCUUCAGCUGGAUUCCAAUGAUCUCAGCGGGCAGGUCCCUCAGCAAUUGUUUCAAGUUCAAACAUACAAUUUUACAGGGAACCACUUGUAUUGUGGUGUAAAUUUCUCACAUCUUUGUCAAUCUAAUAGUGCUAAUACAGAUGUGUCCCAGAAGUCGAAGCUUGGAAUUACUUUUGGAAUUAUUGGAGCAGUGAUAGGUCUCCUCCUCCUUGGUGGCUUGCUGUUUCUUGUGUGGAAGAGUAGGCAAAAGGGCUACAGACGCGAGGUCUUUGUUGAUGUUUCAGGAGAAGAUGACCGAAGAAUUGCAUUUGGUCAAUUGAAGAGGUUUGCGUGGAGAGAACUUCAACUGGCUACCGACAACUUCAGCGAGAAAAAUGUUCUUGGACAAGGAGGCUUUGGAAAGGUAUAUAAAGGAGUGCUUGGCGAUAAUACAAAGAUUGCUGUGAAGCGGCUGACUGAUUAUGAAAGUCCGGGGGGAGAGGCAGCUUUUUUACGUGAAGUUGAGAUGAUAAGUGUAGCUGUUCAUAGGAAUCUUUUAAGGCUUAUUGGGUUCUGUACAACACCAUCAGAGCGGCUUUUAGUUUAUCCGUUUAUGCAGAACCUAAGUGUUGCCUAUCGUUUACGAGAGCUUAAGCCUGGGGAGCUGGUGUUAGAUUGGCCCACAAGAAAGAGAGUGGCUUUAGGCACAGCUCGUGGGUUAGAGUACCUCCAUGAACACUGCAAUCCCAAGAUUAUUCAUCGUGAUGUCAAGGCUGCUAAUGUAUUACUAGAUGAGGAUUUUGAAGCUGUAGUUGGUGACUUUGGUCUGGCAAAGUUGGUGGAUGUAAGAAAGACUAAUGUGACAACUCAAGUUCGUGGGACCAUGGGCCAUAUUGCACCUGAAUAUCUGUCUACUGGAAAGUCAUCUGAGAGGACUGAUGUUUUUGGUUAUGGGAUUAUGCUUCUAGAACUUGUAACAGGACAGCGUGCAAUUGACUUUUCACGGUUAGAAGAAGAAGAUGAUGUCUUAUUGCUUGACCAUGUUAAGAAGCUGGAACGGGAGAAACGACUUGAUGCUAUUGUAGACCGCAACCUAAUCAGGAACUAUGAUAGCCAAGAGGUUGAGAUGAUGAUUCAAGUUGCCUUGCUUUGUACUCAGUCGUCACCUGAGGACCGUCCAACAAUGUCAGAGGUGGUAAGGAUGCUGGAAGGGGAAGGUUUAGCUGAGAGGUGGGAAGAAUGGCAGCUAGUUGAGGUUACUCGUAGACAAGAGUAUGACAGGUUACAGAGGAGAUUUGACUUCGGAGAAGACUCGAUAUAUAACCAGGAUGCCAUUGAAUUAUCUGGCGGAAGAUGAAA